AUGAUUAAUUUGAAACAUUGUUUUCUAGUAUUAGCAGUUACAACUAUCGAAAGUCUAUGGGCCUAUGAAUGCGGUAAUUCAAACAUCAAACGGGUUAGCGAUGGACAGGAUGUCGAACGUAUGGCCUGGCCGUGGAUGACAGCCAUGUAUAAACUGUAUCCUUUAAACAAAAAUAUAAUAAGCAAUUUAGGCCAAAUAAGUUCAAUCGGCAAAUAUAGAAAAGUUAUUGUUGUAGAUUUUUCGUGUGGCGGUAGUCUAAUUAAUCAUGAAUGGGUUCUGACUGCCGCUCAUUGUGUCGUAACUGAAGAUAAUCUAAAAUAUAGAAAAGUUGAACUAAGAUUUGGCGAACACAAUAUAAGUGAAGUGAACAAUCCAUAUAGACGAAGUAGAUUUGUUUACGAUAAUGACAUAAUUGUUCAUCCUGAUUAUGAUAUAACAACUAUAUCUAAUGAUAUAGCAUUACUAAAAUUAGACAAACCAUUACGCUUGGAUGAUGUGGAUAAUCAUUUACAACCAAUUUGUUUGCCACCUACAUAUGGAAAGUAUGCUAACAACAAUUGUACGUUAACUGGUUGGGGUCGGACCAAAAAUACCGAAGAAUCAGAAAUAUUGCAAGAACUUGAUGUUACGAUUUUAACAGAAAACCAAUGUAAAUCAAAAUCUACUACAUCUGAUUACGAUGAAAAUUUGCGAUUGUGUGUCGAAAAUGAUGGCAAUCGUAGAUUUGCCGGACCGGGCGAUAGUGGCGGACCCUUAAACUGUCAACUAGCCAGCAGAGCCUGGGUUGUCGAAGGUAUUGCAUCGUAUAUAAGUAGUAAUGAAACAAUUAAUAGAAAACCAGAUGUUUAUACUAAAGUUUUACCAUAUGUUCAUUGGAUUAAAACUAUAACCGGUAUUAAAUAAUAAUGAUUUUUUUUUUUAAAUUUUAAUUAAGAAUAAAUCUCAUC